CUUUUGUUAGCAAUUUGUUAAAUUCCCUAGGUAAAGAACAGCUACGCUUCAAUACCGCCUUCGCCUCGCAAGCUCGACAUCCGGCGGUGUUGUGGCUUCGCUGAACGAGGACCCGGAGCCCCGUGUUAGGGCAGUAUAGAGAGUGUAAAGCCCCCAAAGCUUCCUUCCCCGCCUACUACUGAGCCUGGAUUCCCAACACGCCGCCAUUUCCUCGAUUUCCUCCGGUGCCAUGACAGGUGGCAGGCGAUCGGCUCCAACAAGUUCCCUCUGCGCUUUGCCCGGCAGCCCAAGAACACGGACAUCCCCUCGUCUGCCUUUUACCAAUUUGGGCCAAGUGGCUAGGGCUGUGUGCAUUGACUGGCUAGCAGAGACUUGGUUGAUGAGUGGAGGGGUAGCAGAAAGACUAACGCACUCGGGCGUCCGGCCAGGGGCAAGGAUUAUGUGAACUACGACAAGGUCGGCUAGUUCGCUGGUGGCAUCAUCAUCGGCGAAAAGAAGGAGGGGAAAAAAAAGAAGGAAGAGGAGACUCGUGGAGACCCAGAAGCUUUUUUGACCGAUAUUUCUUUUUCGCCCACAACGCUAUGACCCCUCCACCCGAUGCGCCAUCGGCUUGCUUACGAGCUAGUCUGGUAUCCGUGCUAACCCGGCACCUGAUGUCUAUUUUCUCUUUUCACCUAGGAAAAGCCAGGGCGCCUGCCGGUGUCACAGCCGGCUUCUCGAGCCCCUUCGACUUGUUGCAAUAUUAGUCCCAAUGUGGCUUGCAGCACGCCCCCAAGCCCCCCAAUCCAGUCGCAUCUCGCCAUGUGGCGAAAGUGCCCGUGAGAGGUGCCCACAUGAAAGUUCCGAGAGCCUCCUCCCUGUCAACUUCCAUUCCUUAGUUGCAAUUUUCCUCCCCAUUUAUGGAAUGGGGUCAGUAAGGAAUACAUCCCGUCCGACCCCAUCUGGUUGAUGCUUCCACUCCCGUGCUCUCGAGUGCUACGCCCCGGUCACCCUUGCCAGUCUAGUAAUCCCUCUGCUGUAUGUCUCGCCACAGCGUUCAGCUGUCCAGGCGGCGCAUACCGAAACACGAGAUACUCCCGGUGGCGUUGCUGGUAGCUUUCAGUGAGAAUUGCAUUAUUCCCAUUGUUCCUCCUGGUACUCAAUAGCCCAGGAAUUUCGUCUGACAAGAUAUCCAAUGAGAGCCUCGGGAAUGGCCUUGCGUCACCACCAGACAGGGGCAGUCCCGCAGGAUUCCGUUCAGCACCGUCUUGGUGACAUGUACCAGCGUCAAAGCGUCCGUGAUAAUCACGUAUGCGAGCGGCCCUACGAGGGACUCAAGGGGAUGCAGAAUCCCUCGCGCUUGCCCAUCUCGGCAGGUAUCACCGGUGGCUCCGCGCAACAAGCAAAGAUAUAGCCCCUGGCGCGAAGAACUGACUCGCAGAGCCGGCGUCCAAAGUACCUCCUCUUUGACAUCUCAUCUUCUUGGAGCUAGGCAAGGGUCCAUAUUCCGGGGCGCCACAGGAGCGCCUGUCGGAGCACAGACUCGGGGCUACGUAUUGACGGGGAGUCCUGCCAGUCGAGACCGUCCAUCCCUGCCUGCUCUAGCUCCAAGGCCAACCCCCUUGUAUUCCCACACCCUUCCCUCUCUCCAAUUCAUCAAGUAUUUCCACUGCCUCUACGCCCACCCUGAUUCCUGGUCUUUUUUGCUUCCCUCUUCGACUGUCCUGACAGAAAGCUUGCCCACCUGCCUGCCUGUCCGCCUCGGCUUGGCCCCUCCACGACCUCCUGUGCUACAGUUUUGAGCUUCCGGAACCUCA